UGCGUCUGCGGGGAAGAGGAAGGAGAGAGAGUAGGGGGACAGACCGACGGCAGCAGCCGCAUCACAGAAGAGGAUGAGACAAAACACGAUUACGGAGUCAUUCACUUCAAAGUGGCAGAUGGAGUUCAAGAAGAAGUGGCUGCGGUUUGUGUACAGUCAGCGCCUGGCAUUCAACGUCUUCCGGAGCGAGCCAUGGUUGGACGUCGUCCGACACUUCAGGGACUUGCCAGGGCUAGUGAAGGUGUUGUGGCCUUCAGAGAAUGAGAUCGCGGACAUAGAGACCAUUGUCCACACGGCGGACGAUGUGGGAGUUGAUCUCGCGGAGGUCAGGGCUCCUUUCUAUGUCACGGGGGCCACCAUCAUGUCAGACGGAAGGAAGUCACGCGAUGCUAGACCCAUCAUGAACUUCCUUGCCGGCGGGUCGCGUGGGGUGAUGCUCGUCCGGACGAUGAACAGGGAGGGUGAGCGGGAUCGGGCGCCUGAUGUGUUGGCGCGCUGGAUAAAGGUGUUCGAUGACUUCUCCCCUAAGUGGGUGAACGCCAUCUGCACCGACUCCACCUCGGCGUACAUCGCCGCGGUGAACAUGCUCCAGGGGCCCCAGCAGAGGCUGGAGCAUCGACGGAUCACGUGGCUCCCAUGCGCAGCUCGAUACGCUCACAUGCUGGAGCCGGCGCACGCCGCUGCUCACCUUCUCUGUCCCAGCCGGCGGGACUUGCGGUACUUCGAGGGCGUGGUCAGCGGCUACGACGCGAGUUUGGUGAGGGAGGCGGAGACUUACAUCGUGUCGCAGACAAGGUUCAGUGUGGCGAGCCGCGACUACGAGACCGCAUGUGCACAAUUGCGCGACUUCCACACACGGAGGGGGACGAUUGCUUGGGGGGGGAGAGAUGGAGAUAGAGAUGCACAAAGGUGCAGGGGCGAUGCGGAGACGUACGAGUCCGGGUGUUGGUGGUCGCGGUACGGGCAGUGCGCCCCGCAGUUGCAGGUUAUCGCUCUUCGUAUCAUGUACAUGUGGACGUGCUCCUCUCCUGCGGAGAGGAAUUGGGCCGUCCACGAGGGUGUACAAACGAAGAAGCAUAACCGACUUGAGUUCGAGAAGGUCGUGAAGUUGGUUGAGAUCUCAGCCAACGUCCGCCUUCUCUCUCAUCAGCGGGCAGGCCGCGGGUUCGCGCUGCCGUGGACUCUAGAUGAGUUGUUGUUGGACGUGGAGGGAGGUAUUGGGAUUCGCCCCUCGUGGAAGGGGACGGGCGAGAGCAGGACGCGGGAGGAGGUUGAGGAUCAGAGACGUUCAUGGCAGCGAGACCCAUGUGGGUCCAGAGCUCCUCCGGGUGAUGUGGGCGAUGUUUUUGGGACUCGAGCAGCCACAUUGCACCCRUACCCUCGAGACGACAGUGAUUCCGAGGGUCACGAGRACGAGGAYGAGCCGRCGGGCCCCGCUAGCGCCACUCAUGCGGCGGAUGAGCGUGAUGAGUGGAGCGACCCAGAGGACGUCCGCAGACGGAGUGGCGGAGAUGACCUUUUCGUUGGAGUUGAUUUGGAGGAGGAGUCUAGGGGUCGUCAUGGGAGCCCUUUAGAGCGUCCGAGGCCUACGUCCACUUCCCCGCUUCCCGCUGAGCGGGACACAGAUCCUGGGUCUGCACCUUCGAGGGGGGCUGAGUCGGGGAUUGGCCAUCGUCCUCUGGGUCGCUCUGGCACGGCAUCAUCAACCGCUCUUCCCACUUCGACGGAGCAGUUUCAUCGACAGCCAGCCGGUGCAGAUCGAUUGCAGAGAUUGGUGAGGGGCCCGGGACAGCGAUUGGAGGAUAGAUUGGAGGGCGGUCCUAUGCCGGUGCAGGGUGACGACGGAGACAGACAGGGGUUGAUUGGUGGAGAUGGUGGUGCGCUGGCCGGAGGAGGAGGCGGUGUCGAGGUUGAUGCGGCGGUUGAGGGGAUACCGAUGGGUGGCGGAGGCGGUUUCAGUGAGUUUGGCGAUAUGGGUAUGCCCCCGGGAGAGAGCGUGGGUCUUCCCCGUGGAGAGAGCGAGUCCCGUGGGGACAUCAGUGUGGGUAUGCAGGCCUUAUUGGGACAGAUCAGCUACCUGGACCCGAACAGUUUCUCCCCUGUCAUGCGCGGAGAGGUGAUGUCGGGGGCAGAGGGAGGCGAGGAUCGCACACCUCCUGGAGAGAUAUCUGAGGAGAGGUUGGAUAGGCUUGAGAGUCGUCGAGCAUGCCUCAUGGCACAGAGGGACCCCAAGACGCAGGAGCUCGCCCGUCUUGCAGCCGAGGACCGACAUAGGCAACUGGGGACAUAUACGACGGCGUCUGUUGACGUGGGGCCAGCUGCCCACACAGAUACUCCUACAGAGGUUCACGACACGACGCAGCGGGAGGCGGCUUCGGCAGAGGUUUCGAGUACGGGAGUAGAUGUUCAACAGGGGACGCACGAGAGCGGGUUGGCACCGACAGAGGAGCCACGUUCGGAGCUGGCGCAGCCUCCUGCCGUGUAGCUGAGGCCAGAGGAGACAUUGUAGGAGGUCACGGGCGUGCCUCUGCCCGCGGGUUCAGUUGAGGGUGCCGUGCAUAUGUCCCCGGGUC